UUAUUCUUUCUCUUUCUUCUUCUUCUUUUCUCUAUUUAUUCAUUAAACGAAAAAAAAAUAAGGAAAAAGAAAAGAAAAAAUAAACCCCCAUUUAUAUAAAAGAAAUAAUUUUGUGUAUUUCUUUUUCUUAAUUUCUUUCUUUCUUUCUUGUUUUCUUUGACAACAGUUUUAUUUUAUAAAGUCAAAUUAGUAUUGACAUUUUUAUGAUCUCAGUAUAAAAUAAACGAGAUUUAUUGACAUAUAAACACAUACCAGAAAAUAAAAUAAAAGACCCGGCUAUUCUCAUUUAUUAUGAUCUCAUCACCAGCCAGUACAUUAUUAUUACAAGAUUUGAUUAAUGCACCAAGUAAGGCAGAAUCUAUUUUAGAAAGUCUUACAGCUGAACAAAUUGUCAUGAUUGAAAAUACAAUUAAUCGUGUAAAGAAAAGAAAAUUAAAUAAGCCAUCAUCCACCUCUCAUCGAAUAGUGGUAGAAGAAGAAAAUUCAGCUUCAACUUCAGCUUCAGCUUCAGCUUCAGCUACUGCGAUCGCCAAUGCAUUAGCGGCAGCCAUGGUUUCAGCUGCUUCUAUGCAACUUUCUCCACCUCUCCACACACCCACAAUGGCUGAAACCAAUAAUGCAGUUACAACCACCACCGUUGCUCCAUCUAAAACGAUCACGAAUGUAUCAACCUCAAACGAACCAACUUCUGAAAUGAAGGAUGGCAUUGAAUGGGUUUCCUUUGUCUAUUCUCAUAAUCGUACUCUUAAACGCUAUUCAAUCAGAACAGAUAUCAAUAACGUUGCUUUGGAUGCUGUAGACGAUAAAUUCAAGACCGAGAAUUGUGUCUACCCUCGUGCAAAUCUUCCAAAAGAAAGCUAUAAAGGAAAUAGAUGGGCCUAUGAAACGGAAUGUAAUGAUUUAGGCUGGAAACUUGCAUGGUUAAAUAAAACAGAAAUUGCAGGUAAAAGAGGUUUGAUUCAACGCGCUGUAGAUUCAUAUCGUAAUCGAUAUCCAAGUAUGAGAUCACGACGUGUUGCACGUCAGGAGAAAUUAUUAAAUGGAACCCUCCGUAAAAGAAAAAAUAAAGAAUGUGAUCCUAUUGUGAUGACUCUAUCAAGUUCUGAGAAUCAACAGCCAUCAUUAGAAGCUGCCAUAACCAAGCCUGUCCAUCAACCCAAGACGAUUGCUAUUGACGAUAUUGUGACAAAGAAUCGCUAUAGAAUCAAAAUCAAUAUCGAAUCCAUCUCCUUGGAUGAGAUUUCAGAAGAAUUUCGUAAACAAAAUUGUCCUUUUCCAAAGGUAUUCACUAUGUUGCCAGAAGAAUAUAUAGGUGGUCAAGCAAGAUGGAAUGAGGAUACGCUUUGUAAUGAACUAUGUUGGAAAUUGGCCUAUCUGAAUCCUAAAAUUUUGGCUGGAAAAAGGAGUUUACUUCAAAGAGCUUUGGAUGUCUAUCGUACAAAAUUUACCCCUUCUCUUAAGCCUCGUAAAUAUUCUUCACGUAUUCCUUCUACUCAAAUGAUAUCAUCUGAUACAAUUGAGCAAGAACAAUUCUUUAAAAUUUCACCACCUACACCCUUAACAGUAUCUGCCUUAAAUGCUCAAAAUGCUCUUUUUGAAAAGAAAAAGACUAAAAAGACAUCAUCAUCAUCAUCAUCGUCGUCUACCAGCCGCAAAUCAACAACAACAACAACAAUGGGUCAUUGUUUCUCGCUGGACGAUGAAGCAUCUUCAAGUAAAAAUAGUGGCUUAACUAUUAAACUCAAAUUAAAUCCAUCUACCACUCAUACUACCACCUCCUCUUUCAUGAAUCAUCAAACUGAUCAAGACCCUAUGAUUUCUCCAUCUUAUGAUUCCAUCUAUUCAGAUGCCCGUUUCUCACCCUUUGAUGAAUCCAGUUGUCAUACUUCUUCUUCAUCUAAUAGUAUUGCUUGUACACCUAGUCCACCUGUUACAGCUGAUAUUUUUGGUUUCAAUACCGAAACUGACCUUUAUGACUCCUUUAUGUUACCACCUGUCAAUGACAGUUUUAUGUUACUUGAUAAUGAAAUGAAAUAUGACUCCCUUAUGUCUCCUUCUCUUUCAUCAAAUACAGCAAAUCAAGAUUUAGUUAAACUUGAAGAAGACUUUCAAGAUCAUUUUUCUUCUGCUGCUCAUUUAUUAGAUCCACUCUUCUAACGAAAAAAAAAAUCUCUCAUCAUUUCUCCUCAUUUCCUCCUUUGUUAUAAACAUUUAUCUCUGACAUGUACAUACCUAUUAUUAUCUUUAUUCUAUGCUUUUUUUUUAAAAAAAAAAAUAGAAUGAAAAAAAAAAAAAAUACACACAUUUGCAACAACAAAAAAUAACCCAAACCCCACCACCACCACUACCACCACCUCCUCCUCCUUUUUUUUCAUUUUAUUUUAUUUUUUUUUUUUUUUUUU